UUACUGAUUUUAAUUUAAUUAUUUUGGGCUUGGAGAAUGUACUCUAUGAUUUUAGUCUUUUAAAGUCUGAGGCCCAUUUUAUGGCCCAGGGUAUAGUCUAUCUUGGUGACUAUCUCAUGUCCACUUGAAAAUGAUGUGUGACCUUGAGCAGGCCUCGUGCUCACUCUGAACUUGAGGUUCCUUGUCUGUAAGGGGCGCCCUGUGUCUUGUGAGUAAGCAGCGAGCAGUGGGAGGCUUUGUGAUGUGUGUAGUUCUUGGUUCUGAAGGUGCCAUGCCCUGUCUCUUGAUCUUGCAGAUGGCGUGUGAGACAGAGUGUCGUCCCUUGGGCGUAUUUAAGUGCCAGCUCUGUGCCUUGACAGCUCCAUACAGCUAUGUGGGGCAGAAGCCCCCCGACACGCAGUCUGUCGUCCUCCUGGAGGAGAGCUACGUCAUGAAGGACCCCUUCACCUCAGACAAGGACAGAUUUCUGAUCCUGGGCUCGCGAUGCAGUUUAUGCAGCAGGCUGGUGUGUGUGGGCCCGGAAUGCAGUAUAUUCUAUUCCAAGAGAUUUUGCCUCCCCUGUGUCCAGAAGAACAUCGAUGCUUUCCCUCAGGAAAUUCGGCAAGACUUGGAGAAAAGGAAAGUUCCAUCAAAGAGGCCUGCCAGCCAGCCCAGUUCUCGGACAUGAGGGCAGCUGGGUGCCAGAUCCACAGUAGUGCCCUGCAUGGGGCUCCUGGGCCAGCU